AUGCUCUCCACAGAGCUUGUAGUUCCCUUCGCCCAUCUCCGUCGUGUCUUCUCGCACAAAACGUCUUCAAGCGGAGGUAAGGGUAUCUCCAAGUCUUCCCUCCCCUACAGGAGGAGCGCACCCUCGUGGCUGAAGGUCUCCGCCCAAGAGGUAACCGAGCACGUGUGCAAGCUGGCCAAAAAGGGUCUCACCCCCUCCCAGAUCGGUGUGAUCCUUCGUGACUCGAAUGGCAUCGCCCAGGUCAGUGCCAUCACCGGCGCCAAGAUCCUCCGGGUCCUCAAGGCUAACGGCCUCGCGGCCGAGAUCCCCGAAGACCUGUACAUGCUCAUCAAGAAGGCGGUGGCGGUGCGCAAGCACCUGGAGCGCAACCGCCGCGACAAGGACUCCAAGUUCCGCCUGAUCCUCAUCGAGUCUCGCAUCCACCGCCUGGCUCGUUACUACAGGACGAACAGGAAACUGGCAGCGAACUGGAAGUACCAGUCGGCUUCCGCCAGUGCGCUCGUUGCCUAAAGACCGCUGUGUGAUGGCCGAAGAAGUCUCUCGCCUGCAAUGGACACUACUGCUGUUGCGCUAUUGCGGCAAAUGACCGGAUGGCAUUUAGAAGCCCUGCAGCCAAUGUUCUGGGGGUUGUGUUUGCUCUGGUUCUGGAAAUAGUGCAAACUCGGCCGCUUGGGAUGGAGCAUGUACGUGUCUACGAUGUGUCAACUGCGGUUGCACUCUCUGAGCUGUUAAGGGGUAUUUGCUCUCGUGUUCAGAAGUUGCUUUUCGGAAACCUUGCGGGGCAUUUUGUUCUGCCUUUGUUUUUGGUCGGAUAUAGGCAUACGAUGUGUGUCCAACGGGUACAUGGACUUUGUGCAGAGAAAUAUCUUCUUAGAGGCGGGAAGCAACGAAGCAAGUGCGAAAGUAUACGUGCAUGAACAAACGAGGGGUCCAAGGGCAAGUUUUGAUGCCGCUCGCCAAAAAAAAAUAAAGCCUCUGCGACUGCCAGUACCCAGUUUUUGUUGUCCUUCCACAAAAUACACUUGUGGUCGCAGCGAAGUCUCCCUUUUGCACCAUGCCGUGUGGUCAACCAUCACGUGCCGCGUGAGUUGUGCGGAGGGAGGUGCUGUUCAUAAAAUCUGAACGGCCAGAUUGGGGCUGAAAAAUGUGUGUCGUAAAAGAGGAUGAUGGUGUUCCUGGUGUCACCCCCUGUGUACGGCUGGCUGUGGUCACAGCUUUUGUUUUGCUCCCCAUCGCAAGCUCAAUCAACCCGGGCCUUUGAUGAACGAGUAUUUAACAUCUGGUGGUGUGUGCGUGUGCGUAUGUUGUUUGGUGUUUUCGCCCAUCUUUUGUUGGGCGUCAGCAGUCUACACAUUUUGGGAACUUGUUGGCGCACCAGCCGGGGGCAUACAGGUGGCAAAUUACGUGUAGUACCCUGAAAUCAAUGUUUGUGGUGGGUCGAACUUCUCUGGGGGUGAACGGUCUAAAAUUUUCGCGCGUGGCAAGG